AUUUUUAGUGCUACAGCCUGGCCACUCUGGCACAUCACCUCGUGUUCACUCGCAAACAAAGAAAAAGUGCAUUUUAAUUACUGAUUACUGCAUUGCGAUUAGACGGUCGCGGAUUAUUGCGUAUUUGACGAACGUCGGACAGUCGAAAAAUAGCAGGGCGCGCGUGGGCCGAGCAUUUCUCGCAGUGUCUCGCAGUGCGGCACAAGUGCGUGUGCCAGCGUGUGUGUGUAUUUGUAUUGCCAUUAACUAAUAAACAAUAACCUUCGGGGCCACGAAAGCUGCCCCCGCCUGUUCCAACAAACUAGAAUAUAACGCGCAGCGCAGCGCAGGCAUCGAAUCGUUUCCGCGUGUACCGUGCUGUCGCCGCCCCCCCCAGCCACCAGGCCACCAGCCUCCAAAAAAGAAGCACACAAAUCAGCACCUGGCAGCCUAGCAGCAGACUGCUGACUGCGUACCAAAUCCACCCGGGCAUCCCAUCCAGAGACACACUCAUACAUCGACCAAAUGGCGGACGUGAGCGAUCCCAGCGAGCUCUUCGACUUGGAGCUGCACGAAGACGACAAGGCCCAUGACUCGGACGACGACAGGAUCGAGCUGGACGACGUUGACCUAGAACCGGAAUUGUGUAUUAAUCUGCACCAAGACAAUGAAGGCCAGGAGACCAUACAGCUUUCCGAGGAGAAUGUUAAUCCCGGCAAGCUCAAGCUUGGACCCAAGGACUUUGAGCUCAAGAAGGUCCUCGGCAAAGGUGGCUAUGGCAAAGUAUUUCAGGUGCGCAAGACCGCUGGACGAGAUGCCAACAAAUAUUUUGCCAUGAAGGUUCUCAAGAAGGCAUCGAUUGUGACCAACCAAAAGGACACGGCGCACACACGUGCCGAGCGCAACAUACUCGAGGCAGUAAAGCACCCGUUCAUAGUAGAGUUGGUCUAUGCCUUCCAGACAGAUGGGAAACUGUAUCUUAUACUUGAAUAUCUGAGCGGUGGGGAGCUGUUUAUGCAUUUGGAACGCGAGGGAAUAUUUCUGGAGGACACCACAUGCUUCUACCUGAGCGAGAUCAUCUUGGCCCUGGGCCACUUACACAAACUGGGCAUCAUUUAUCGGGAUCUUAAGCCCGAAAACAUACUCCUGGACGCCCAGGGGCACGUCAAACUAACCGACUUCGGUCUGUGCAAGGAGCACAUCCAAGAGGGUAUUGUCACCCACACCUUCUGCGGCACAAUUGAGUACAUGGCCCCUGAAAUCCUCACCAGAAGUGGCCAUGGCAAAGCAGUGGACUGGUGGUCCUUGGGUGCUCUUAUGUUUGACAUGCUAACUGGAGUGCCACCGUUUACCGCCGAGAACCGAAAGAAGACCAUCGAAACCAUUUUAAAAGCCAAGCUCAAUCUGCCAGCCUACCUCACGCCCGAAGCCAGGGAUCUGGUGCGUCGUCUGAUGAAGCGCCAGGAGCCACAGCGCCUGGGCAGCGGUCCCGAGGAUGCGGCGGCUGUGCAAAUACAUCCAUUCUUCAAGCACGUCAACUGGGACGAUGUCUUGGCCCGACGCCUCGAACCGCCCAUAAAACCGCUCUUGCGAAGCGAGGACGAUGUCUCACAGUUCGACACGAGAUUCACAAGACAGAUCCCCGUUGACUCGCCGGACGAUACAACGCUGAGCGAAAGUGCCAAUCUUAUUUUCCAAGGAUUUACCUACGUAGCGCCCUCGAUACUGGAGGAUAUGCAUCGGGCGAAUCGGAUGCCGGCCCGCUCCCCCCGACGCACGCCCCGCCAGCUGCCGGACAGCAGCUUCCGCCUACAAUUCCCGUCCGCCAGCAACGCACCCAUGGCCAUGCACGGCCAUCCGCAUCCGCAGCCCCUGCGCUCCGGAAUGUUUGCCCGGGCCACGCCCCCAACACACCAUAUGCAGACGUUCGCCCCCCGUCCGUCGCCGGCGCAGGACGAGAUGAUGGACGUGCAGCAGGGCCUGCCGAUGGUCUAAGUCCUGGAGGGUUCUUGGACGGCGACUUCCCAUCACAACCCAUCCCACCCAGCACUUCUCCCUCUCUCCCCAACAAAAAAAAACAGAAAUUGACAGU